GAGAGGCGCGCGCCUUUCUAUUCCACGCAACUCCACGCCGAGCUCCUGUCCACUCCUGGCUGUGUUCCGAUAUUAACUGCCAGCACUGAAAAUGUAUAGUAUAUGUGACGUGAACUAUAAAUUUUCAGUACUGCCAGUAAAAACGGAACACAGCCCCUGUCUCCGCGCGUUGCGAGUUAUUUCCGCGAACGCGAUCAGGUGUCAUCGGCGCUGAUAAGCGAAACUCGCGUGGGCGUUUCGUACAUGAAACACCUAUGGACGCAACUGCACACGAUCGUAGAUCUCUCCGACAUUCACAGAGUUGCGUAGGGCAUGGCAAGUUCAUGCUUCAGUGAUGUGGACGAAUAUGGUUUCGAACGACCGCACGACUUCGAUUAUGAAACGUACGAAGAUUUUAUGUCCGAGUACCUCAAGGUGCUCGCAAAGAUGGCCAAAAAGUGGGCGAAAAUUAUCGGCGAGGGAAAAUCCCUACAGCGAAGCAUUACGCUCAAAAGAUACGUUCGUAAAGGCAUUCCAGGAGAAUAUAGAGGAUUGGUUUGGCUUGCUGUGAGUGGUGGAGAAGACAUGAAAAAUGCAUCGCCGGACCUUUAUCAAAAAUUACUGCUAUCUCCCCACAAUGCAGAAACCGUUGAGAUUAUUAAAACUGAUCUCCCAAGAACAUUUCCAGACAAUAUAUUCUUUAAUAACACGGAGAAUCAGCAGCAUCAAUUAUACAAUGUUUUAUUGGCUUUUGCUCAUCAAAACAAAUCUAUUGGAUACUGCCAGGGUUUAAAUUACAUAGCAGGUUUACUUUUGCUGGUAACAAAAAACGAAGAGACAGCAUUUUGGUUACUAAAAGUGUUGAUUGAUAAAAUCCUACCAGAUUAUUAUACAUGCACUAUGGAUGGCCUACUCACUGACAUCGACGUACUCGCAGAAUUAGUAAGAAUAAAGAUGCCUGAUGUGUAUCAGCAUGUAACAAACGUGGGAUUGCCUUGGCCAGUAAUUACGACUAAGUGGUUUGUGUGUUUAUUUGCUGAAGUUUUACCUAUAGAGACUACUCUGCGUAUUUGGGAUUGUCUUUUUUACGAAGGCACCAAGAUUAUCUUCCGUGUUGCAUUGACACUCAUAAAAAGGAAUAAAUCUAAUCUAUUAGCUUGUCAAGAUUUUGCAACAUUAGCCGAAUGUUUUAAAGAAAUUACAAAAGACAGUAUUGUUUUGCGAUGUCAUGAGUUUAUGCAGAGUAUUUUUAAAGUACCUGGAUCACUGCCUGGGAAUACAAUAACAAAACUAAGAGCAAAGAUCAUGCAACAACAUAUAAAACGAAAGCAAGAUAAGCUGGAACGAUAGUAUUAAUGGCCAACUUUUUCCAUAUAUACACCGAAAUAUUCUAGUCUGUUAUGUUAUUCAUUUGCAUUUUUUUUGCAAAAUGAAUGCAUAUAAAGCUGUAUUAUAUUGUUAUUGCAUAAUGAUUCUAUUGCUGUACAUAUUGGGGAGGGUGAGGCAAUAAGGUAGUUAAAAUUUAAUGACGAAUAAAAGCUAUGUUUUCAUAAUUAACGAAUCAUUUUUACUUGUAAAAUAUUUUUGGGAUAAUCAUCUUUGAACAUAACUAUAAUUUUAAAAAAUCUUUAGAAAAUUAUAAACUUUAUUUAAGAAAAAUAAAAAGGGAGCAUUUCUCCACAUCUAUCCUAUGGUAAGACAAGAUAUUCCUGAAGACGAGAUAGCAUACAUUUUAAAAACAUAAAUACAAAGUAGAAAGUGAAUCAUUUUAUCCUUGUUUUAUCGUUGUCAAUAUUAAAUAAGAAUGAAAUUAUGCACUUUGUUGCAUUGUAGCCUUCUGUGUCUCUUGCUGGAAAAUAGCUUCAUUUAGCAGACAAUAAAUAUUCUCAAUUCAUUCAUCAGCGCGUAAUGUCAUACUUUUUACAAAUGAAGUUAACAGACAUGAGUCUAUUUGAGUACCAUUCGAUUGUUCAUAUUGUUAACAUAGACAUAGGAUCUAUAGACCGAGCAUUCGAGGAGUG